AUGGAGCUUGAAAGCCAAGCCCUUUCAACCUCUGAUGUGGAACCUUUGGCAGAAAGCGCUGGCUCUAAAACAACUACUGCUGCAGUGAAAUUGCAGAAGGUUUAUAGGAGUUAUCGCACCCGGCGCAGGCUAGCAGAUUCAGUGGUGGUUGCUGAAGAGCUCUGGUGGCAAGCUAUGGAUUAUGCACAAUUGAAUCAUAGCACGGUAUCAUUCUUCAAUUUCCUGAAACCUGAGACGGCAGCAUCAAGAUGGAGUAGGAUACGGCUAAAUGCUUCAAGGGUUGGAAAGGGCUUAGGUAGAAAUGAUAAGGCUCAGAAAUUAGCUUUUCAACAUUGGAUUGAAGCUAUCGAUCCAAGGCAUCGGUAUGGCCAUAACUUGAACGUGUACUAUGAAGAGUGGUGUAAAAGGGACACAGAACAACCAUUUUUCUACUGGUUGGACAUUGGAGAUGGCAAAGAGGUUGAUCUGGAAGAAUGCCCAAGAUCAAAGCUUCGGCAAGAAUGCAUCAGAUACCUUGGACCUCAAGAAAGGGACCAGUUUGAGUACUUUAUAGCUGGAGGCACAAUGGCUGGGGAGAAAAGGAAGGGAUCAUUUCAUCAUUCCAGCUUCCUUGCAGGAGGUGCCACUCUAGCCGCUGGACAACUUAAAGCAAAGGAUGGAAAACUCAAGUCAGUAUCAGCAUCUAGCGGACAUUAUCGUCCCACUGACAAGAACCUCGGGAGCUUCUUAGAUUUCCUCAAGGACAAUGGAGUACAUCUUGAAGAAGUUGAGGUAAUUUCCCAUGCUGAUGAUUCUCAGACCUAUAUCAGCAGACAUGAUCAAGAAGGUAAUAAGAUUGGAUUCUCAACUAAUUCUGAACAUACCGAGCUUCAACUUUCUAGUGGAAUUGAGAAAAUGCAAUACUCCGAACCAAUUAAACUUGCUAAGACUGAAAGAAAAGGUAGUUACAGAAGGGCAUUAUCUAGUAAUCUCCAGAGCCCGAGGAAGAGAGAUCCUACAAAUGAAAUACUGCAGAGAAUCAAUUCCAAGAAGAUAUCAAGCUCAUACCAAUUAGGGCACCAACUUUCAUUGAAAUGGUCAACAGGAGCUGGCCCAAGAAUUGGAUGUGUUGCAGAUUACCCUCAGAACUUAAGGGUACAAGCCCUAGAGUUUGCUAGCCUGUCCCCUACGGAUUCCCCCACACUAGCAGGUUCCCAAUUCUCCCCUGGUCUCACUAAAUUCACAAAUCUUUGUAAGGUGAUGUGA